CUGCUUCAGGAAAGAGCUUUUAUUUGGCAUAACCAGAGGCGCCCAGAUGGAAACCAGUCAUUGCCAUAGCGCUCUUACUCUCGAGCCAUGGCGAUUCUAACACGUGUCCCAUUAGUCGACUUCACCCUCAACCCCAAGCCUACCCCUUCUCCACCACUGGCACUUCAUCAAUGUCAUAAAUGUGGUCGGCUGGCGCAACAUAAUCCAAUCGCAUCGCUAUCUUUUCAACCCAUCGUCUCUUCCAUUUCUCCGGUUUCUCAGAAGGGUUUCACAAGGCGUCGUGUAGGUGCUCUUUCGCUCGUUGCAAUGGCGGAUUCCGGCCGCAGCACUGUCCUCGUCACCGGAGCUGGUGGCAGAACCGGUCAAAUAGUUUACAAGAAAUUGAAGGAGAGGUCGGAUCAGUAUGUUGCAAAAGGUUUGGUGAGAACCGAAGAGAGCAAGCAGACUAUUGGUGGAGCGGAUGAUGUUAUUAUUGGCGAUAUAAGGGAUGCAGAAAGCCUUGGUCCUGCAAUUCAAGGCAUUGAUGCGCUCAUCAUUCUUACGAGCGCCGUGCCGAAGAUGAAGCCGGGGUUUGAUCCUACCCAAGGUGGUAGGCCUGAGUUCUAUUUUGAAGAUGGAGCAUAUCCUGAGCAGGUUGACUGGAUUGGCCAGAAGAAUCAAAUAGAUGCUGCGAAGGCUGCGGGAGUUAAACAAAUUGUGUUGGUCGGGUCUAUGGGUGGAACAAAUCUCAACCAUCCCUUGAACAGCUUGGGCAAUGGGAACAUAUUGGUAUGGAAAAGAAAGGCUGAGCAGUAUUUGGCUGAUUCUGGUGUUCCAUACACCAUUAUAAGGGCCGGAGGCCUGCAGGACAAGGAUGGUGGGAUCCGGGAACUGCUAGUAGGGAAGGACGACGAGCUUCUUCAAACAGAGACAAGAACCAUUGCUCGGGCCGAUGUUGCCGAAGUCUGCCUUCAGGCACUGCAAUAUGAGGAGGCCAAAUUCAAGGCRCUCGAUCUAGCCUCGAAGCCCGAGGGAGUCGGUACGCCAACGAAGGAUUUCAAGGCCUUGUUCUCUCAAGUGACGGCGCGUUUCUAAUGGGGUUCAUUCUUUCCCAGUGAAGCAUUGUUGUCCUGAAUAAUUCUGAAUGAGAGGAGUUACAUUAAGUUAAUGAUGCAUUAGAAUUUGAGGUUGAUGAAUCUAUUUCAAUUUGCGGCGUUGGUUGGCCUGGCCAUAAGUCUGCAUCUCUAAUGGAUUGGCCAUUAGGAUAUUGUAAUGUAUGGCUUUACUUCUCUAAUGAACUGAUAGAUUUAUAUUAGUCUUUAUUUAUUUUUGUUUCA